CAUAUUUGUUAUCAUAACAAUGCAAAAUAGAUAUGGGUGAAAGGCACUUUGUAUGGGAUGAAGUGUAUGAAGGAAUAGUUCUGUCAAGUACAACAAAAGCGGAAGAUGACCAAGCUAAAGGACGAAAGAAGGAAGACGUCACCGUUCCUACGGAGACAAUUUAUUUUCCGCAUGCAUAUUUAAGUUUGAGUUAUCGGGAAACGCUGAGUGAGAGUGCAAAGUAUAUUGAAAAAAGCUGCGCAUUACAUUUACAGAUCAGAUUUCGAAGACAUUACCUGAGAAAAGUCGCGCCGAAUGAGCCUGACGUUAUUAUAUUGCAAGACAUCAAAGAUCUCGUCCUUUAUCUGCUCGCAACGCCCGUCAGUCCCCAGUUCGUAAACUUCCUUCACUUGACGAUUGUCGAUCGAUUCUUAAGAGCGUUGAUCAUCUACUUCCAACACUAUACGGAAAUAUGGGAAGACUUGAUGCAGGAGCAGGCCGCCACCAUGAAGAAGGCACCAAAUCCGCUGGCACGUGGACACAGAUUUCGAUAUGCCGAACAGAUGCGAGGUCUUCGCUGUCUUGUAGGUCGGGAAUACGUGGAUCUGAUAAUGGGCUGCCAGGAAGGGUCGCAAUAUCACCACAUGAUGAACACCAAGUCGGUCACGGAAUCUCAGGGCGAGAAAGACUUGCGAAUCUUCGAGGCUCUGAUAAGCGUGGCUCAUCGCGUUGUAUGGAUAGCGUUAAAACGCAAACAUUACAAUCUGAUCGAACUAGAGGUGCACAGACUAUUCCGAACGGAAGCGUAUAACACCGCGCAAAGACAAAGCGGUAGUCAAAUUAUUCAGGAUAUGUUGGAAGACGAUAUCCGCGUGCUACAUGGUCCUAAAAUGACAUUGAAAAGUCGAUUACUCAGAAACUCCCCUUUACCUCAGGAACUGAUAUACUCGGAUUGCGACUACCGUUUUCUAUCUUUAGGAGUAACGGACAUCGAAGUGUACCAUCCGACACUUGUUUAUCUAAAAAACGCUCUUCACAUUGAGGAGGAAAGGUUGUCGAAAUUGGGAAUCAAAGCAGGCAUACUGGGUCACAAUCGCUCGGAUUACGAUAUAAUGUUAAUGCCGGUUGAACCGGAAGAGCCGAAGGAAGUUACUGUUGAUAAAAAAGUGGAAGAACCACUACUACGCAGAUUUUCUAUGGAUAUAGCUGUAAUGAAACAAGUUCGAGAUGUCAAGAGAUUAACUAUUCCCGAUAUUGAGGAAGAAUUGCCCGAGGAAUUCCCGAUGAAAGAGAUUGAAGUUGAGAUAUCAAACAAGAGAUACGAUAAAGUUCGCGAAGAAGCGCGAAAAAAAUGGAUUCGUCGAGAAAUAAAAAGGCGUAAGCGACACAAACAACUGGACACGUACUCUGAAGCAACAACUAUAGAUUGAGUUUCAAAAACACAUUAGGUGUGUGUACAUGUACAAAAAUAAAAUAAUAUAAAUUAAUUAAAUCUAAAAUAAAAACAAGAGUAAA